UAAUGAUAAUGAUAAUGAUAAUGAUAAUGAUAAUGAUAAUGAUAAUGAUAAUGAUAAUGAUAAUGAUAAUGAUAAUGAUAAUGAUAAUGAUAAUGAUAAUGAUAAUGAUAAUGAUAAUGAUAAUGAUAAUGAUAAUGAUAAUAAUAAUAAUAAUAAUAAUAAUAAUAAUAAUAAUAAUAAUAAUCAUGUUUGAACUUUUCUGAUCUGAUCUGAUCUGAUCUGAAUGUUUCUGAUCUGAUCUGAAUGUUUCUGAUCUGGUCUGAUCUGAUCUGAAUCUUUCUGAUCUGAUCUGAAUCUUUCUGAUCUGAUCUGAUCUGAUCUGAAUCUUUCUGAUCUGAUCUGAUCUGAUCUGAAUUUUUCUGAUCUGAUCUGAUCUGAUCUGAAUUUUUCUGAUCUGAUCUGAUCUGAUCUGAAUAAAAUAAGAAUAAGCAAUAAGUAAUAAGAAUAAGACGAACAGAACAGCACCUUAGACUUGCAUUUUUUGCUGGAGCUGGACUACAGGUACUUUAUUUGACACCUCAUGUGAAUAUACUCCGAAUAUUUUGAAAUAUAUAAGUAAUCACCAGUAGACGGGCAACAUGAAUUUAUUGCAGGCAUUCCAGCAGUUAACUGGCAUCAAUACAGUGAUGUACUAUAGCCCAGCAAUAGUUCAAAUGGCUGGCUUCCAUUCAAACCAAUUAGCAUUACUUAUCUCAACGAUCGUGGCAUUUAUGAAUGCCAUGGGCACAGUCCUGGGAAUUUACCUCAUCGACUAUAUUGGUCGCAAAAAGUUAGUCCUGACAAGUUUAUCUGGCGUGAUAGUUUCCCUUGUUCUUCUUGCGGGAUCAUUCAUAAUCUUAGACCCGUCAUCCAGCACGGGCAACAGGAUGUAUGGAUGGGUUGCAGUCAUAGGUUUGGUUCUUUACAUUGCCUUCUUUUCGCCCGGGAUGGGCACCGUGCCUUGGACAAUGAGCUCAGAGAUAUACCCUGAAGCAUACCGAGGGAUAUGCGGCGGAAUGUCGGCCACUGUGAACUGGAUUUCCAAUAUCAUAGUGACAGAGAGUUUCCUGUCAUUGGUCGAUGCCAUAGGCACCGGUGGCACUUUCUUGAUAUUUGCUGGUAUGGCUGUUGCAGCCUUUGGGUUUGUGGUGACUUUCGUGCCCGAGACCAAGGGCCUGACGUUCAAGGAAGUCGAUAGCAUCUGGAAGGACAGAGCUUCCGGAAAUGACUCCUCUGCCAGAGAAUCUCUUCUUGAACCUGGAAACCAAUCUCGAGAGUAGGGAUGGAGCUCUUCUCUUGUCUCGUUAGCUUCUUUGUAUAGAUAUAUGUCGUAGCUAAAAGUGUUUAGUCCCGAGUGCAGUUUUAUGUGCACCUGCUGCGGUGUUGCAAUGCGGCCCGUAUUUGUCGUGUAGAAUAAUCUUUCAGAUCUCUUUGGUCGAUAUAUACUUUAUUUAGUCAUCUACUUUUCUGGAUUGGGGUGUUGCACUGGCUGAGCCAGAGGUUAAUGAUCGGAGAGCUUUUCUGUAGAUCAACGAUCUUCAUCAAUUCUUAAUACGGAGUAUGCUUUUACUGCAGAUCUCUGUUUCAAGCCACUUCUAGGAAUUGAAUAAGUAAUCACAAGGAUUUCUACCCGUAAAUCUCUAGUAGCAAGGACAUCUAAUACUACGAAACAUUUUGAGGUGGAUUUUGAUAAUGCAACAGAUUAAUGGUCAAGACAAAUUAAUUCGCCUCCUUGAAAAAAUCUUUUGAGCCUUUGAGGUGGAUGGAUACUAAUAUACUAUCUGUGGGGACGGGUGAUGUUCUCUUAGUUAUUUAAACCAGGACUGUAUAACAAAUAAAGUAUCAAGGCCUUGGGAGGGGAAUAUAUCACCCAAGGAAGCCGAGAUUAUGGGGUCAGGGAGGCGUUGAACUUGCUGAAGGAGAACCAUUGUUUCCGUUAUCUAUAAAUUCUAUAAUGGAAGUGGCCUUGCUCAAUAGAGAUUUAAUGAACUUGACAGCAUUUCUAAUGCUUUUGUGUGGCUGUCCGCGAAUCGCGUUGUUCACAGUCUUGUUCAAGUAGUUCAAUCUCUUUCUGACAACCUAGUGUGGGUCCCGAUUCUUUCUAAUUGUAUUGUGCAAGCUUUAAGCCGACUUCAUUAAUAAUACCCCUUAGUAAUUAA